AUGAGAAGAAACCCAGUACCUCCACCUAUUGUUCAGGAUGAAGAUAUGGAUAUGCGAAGUGCAGUACAGUUGUUGACUAAAUUAGUAGCCUCUCAGGAUCAGCGCCAGGUAGAUACACGUGUUGGUCACAUUAACAAGGUUAUUAGCGCGAGAGUUCGAGACUUCAUCAACCUGGACUCUCCAGUGUUUACCGAAUCCAACAAGGAUGAGGACCCAGGGACAAAUGCAUCUCCAGCGGUAUGGGAAGAGUUCUCAGGGGCUUUCUUGCGUCAUUACAUGCUGGCAGAGAUUCAUCAGGCAAGGGUAGAAAGGUUCUUGACUGUUAAACAAGGGAAUAUGAGUGUGCGGGAGUAUAGCCUCCAGUUUGAUUCCUUUGGCGAGGGCUCGAGAAUUUUCGGUUUUCAUAAUCAGAGGGAUUCAGCACAAAUGAGGGCGCCUCCUCUGCGGUGCAGUCAAUGCGGUAGAGCUCAUUCUGGACAAUGUCAUCAGGGGUCUAAUGCAUUUUAUACCUAUGGAUACCCUAGUCAUUACAUAAGGGAUUGUCCUAUAAAUGGAAGAAGCGGGAUGGUUCAUCCCACCAGAUCUAUAACAGUCUCCUCCUCUUUAGUACGCCCUCAAGAGCGAGGCCCUCAUGCAUCAGCUGGUAGAGGUAGAGGCAGGGGUGGAGCAUCUAGCUCCGGCGGUAGUCAGAACCGCAUAUAUGCUUUGGCAGGUCGUCAGGACCCAGAGGCUACACCGGAUGAUGUGUUAGGUAUUGUGAUUAUUGGUAAUGUUCGAUUUUAUUAA